AAGACGUUUCUUGAAGCCUAGGUUAGAAUUCCAUGACUCGUUGAAAACCCAAACCCAAGUGAAAGAAGGUCACUCCAACAAAAAAAACCUCUCUCUCUCUCGGAUACAAUAAACAGUGACGACACCCAAUUAAGCGUGACAGUGAGAAUCUCCGAUCCGAUCAAGCUCCAAAAAAAUGGCGAAAUCUUGUGUAGAUUUACCUGCUAAAGGUGGAUUCAGUUUCGAUCUUUGCAAAAGAAACGCUAUGUUAUCAGACAGGGGUCUCAAGCUUCCUCCUUUUAGAAAAACUGGAACUACCAUUGUGGGUUUAGUUUUUCAGGAUGGUGUCAUUCUUGGAGCUGAUACAAGAGCGACAGAGGGACCCAUAGUUUGUGAUAAGAAUUGCGAAAAAAUACACUACAUGGCACCCAACAUAUAUUGCUGUGGAGCAGGAACUGCUGCUGAUACAGAAGCAGUAACAGACAUGGUCAGCUCACAGCUGCAAUUACAUCGUUACCAUACUGGCCGAGAAUCGAGGGUUGUUACAGCGCUCACUCUUCUUAAGAAGCAUCUUUUCAACUACCAAGGUCAUGUCUCGGCUGCUUUGGUUCUUGGUGGGGUUGACUGCACUGGGCCUCAUUUACACACUAUAUAUCCCCAUGGGUCAACUGACACUUUGCCAUUUGCUACAAUGGGUUCUGGUUCUCUUGCUGCAAUGGCUGUUUUUGAAUCAAAGUACAAAGAAGGCCUUAGUAGAGAUGAAGGAAUUAAGCUUGUGAGUGAGGCUAUAUGCUCUGGCAUAUUCAAUGACUUGGGAAGUGGAAGCAAUGUUGAUGUUUGUGUUAUAACAAAGGGGCACAAGGAAUACUUGAGGAACCACAUGUUGCCAAAUCCUCGCACCUAUGUCACUGAACGAGGGUACUCUUUUCCAAAGAAGACUGAGGUUCUCAUGACAAAGAUUACUCCCCUGUGGGAGACGGUUGAAGUGAUUGAAGGAGGUGAUGCAAUGGAAGAAGAGUAAAUAAUCAUAGCAAUCAAGAGGGACACAGUAGAGACUUUUCCAACUCCUGUAUGGUCUUUGUGAUCACUGGGAUGGAUGUCCUUGAUAAUGUCCAGUUUCGAAACCUCAUUGACUUUAUAUUGAAAUGUUUCUGGGCUUGGCUUCAUGCUACACUCCUGGAGAGUUGCUGUUUUGUAAUUUAUGUUUUUUUUUUUUAAUUAUUGCUCUAACUCUUUGAAUGCAAUUGCAACCUCCUUUGCUCGUCUCA